GUGCUGAGCGCACCGACUCUGCGCUCCAGUCCACGGCUCUCCACCGCAAGAGCGGAGCACAGACAGAGACUCUGCCGGUAUCUCGUGCACGAACAGCAGUCAACGCCUUCUGCUCGACCCGCUUCGUAGCUUUGAAAAUUGACGGAUCUAAACAUCACCAUCUUUUCCAUUUAAACAUCAGAAACCAGCGGCGGCGUUUGGAUAUACGCAGCGUACACGCAAGGAGAUGUGGAUCAUAAAGUUCAUGCUGAUUUGGACCUGCUGGUUCGGAGUGAGCGCGGACUUCGAUGGCAGGUGGCCCAGACAGAUGGCCUCGUCCAAUGGGCUGUGUCGAUACGGCGCUCGGGUGGACUGCUGCUGGGGCUGGACACGAGUCUCCUGGGGCCAGUGCCAGCCCCUCUACGUCUUAACCCGCAGAGUUAUCGGGAUAAGGUGCCAACCCCAAGCGGUAUGUCAGCACGGAUGCAAACAUGGAGAAUGCGUGGGUCCCAACAAAUGCAAGUGCCAUCCAGGUUAUACAGGAAAAACAUGCAACCAAGAAGAGCAGGGCUAUGUUAUCCCCCCAUUAUGGCACAGUCACCCUCCUGUUUUUGUUCCCAUGGACCACCAGCCGAUUGCGGUGCCUUCAGAGGACUUGAACGAGUGUGGCCUCAAGCCUCGGCCCUGUAAACACAGGUGCAUGAACACAUACGGGAGCUACAAAUGCUACUGCCUGAACGGAUACAUGCUGUUACCUGACGGGAGCUGUGGAAAUGCCCGGACAUGCAGCAUGGCGAACUGCCAGUACGGCUGUGAAGUAAUGAAAGGAGAGGUUCGCUGCCAGUGCCCGUCUCCAGGUCUGCAGCUCGCUCCAGAUGGCAGGACCUGUGUGGAUGUGGAUGAAUGCGCCACGGGUCAUGCGGUUUGUCCCCGUUUCCGUAAGUGCAUCAACACAUUUGGGAGUUACAUCUGCAAGUGCCAUGAUGGCUUUGACCUGCAGUACAUCAACGGGAAAUUUCAGUGUACAGAUGUGAAUGAAUGCUCUUCGAGUCAACACCAGUGUGGUCCCUACGCCACCUGCUAUAACACACCUGGUUCAUACAAGUGCAAGUGUAAGGAUGACUACAGAGGCGUGGGCUACGACUGCAAACCUAUCCCAAAAGUGGUUAUUGACCCUCCACGACCUGGAAAGACCACGCCAAGCAACAAUGACAACAAAGGGGGCAACAAAAUUCCAGGCUCAGACCAAAAGAGAACCACCACAACACUCAGACCACCAGUGACAGCUAAACGGAUUUCACUUACAACAACAACCACCACUAAAUCUCCUCCAACCAAGAAAGUCACCCCUCCAGCGAGAGUCCCAGCGACUACAACCCGUAGGCCUUUCAUACCGACACGUAAACCCCCUGUUGUGGUGACAACCAAACCCAAGGUCCCGUUCCGCCCCACAACCAGAACUACCACAAAGGCCCCAGUGGUUACAGCGGCGGUUCCCUUUAUCCCAACACGCAGACCUUUAAUCCCCUUUGUGACGCCAAUUGAUAACAGCAUCAAAGACAUUACCCAGAAACAAAGAGGUGAUGUUCACAUACCACGAAAUCAUGGGAAAAACAAUGUAUUUGAUAUCGAUUUAGACAUUGAACUUGGCAACACAGAAGAGGAGAUGAAGGAUGACCCAGAGACGGGCCAUCUGAGCUGCUCUUUUGCUCAUGGUCUCUGUGGAUGGAUCCAGCACAGAGAGGGAGAUCUUCACUGGGAGACGACUGCAGAUCCUUCAGGUGGGCGGUACCUAACGAUCUCUGAGGGCGGGGAGAAGCGAGGUGGGCGUGGCGCUCAGCUGAUCCUCCCCCUGACGACGCCCUGGAACGAGGGGAACCUGUGCCUGGCCUUCAGACACAACAUGGUGGGCCACCACGUGGGCAUGCUGCAGGUGUUCGUACAGAAGGGACGGCAGCACAGCCCCGCGGUCUGGGGUCGAACGGGAGGAAACGGCUGGAGGUCCACGCAGAUCACCAUUUGGGGCAAUGGCCUAGAAAGUGUGAUCGUGAAGGGCGAGCGGCGGAGAGGGCGUAAGGGCGAAAUAGCUCUGGACGACGUGAGUCUCAAGCGAGGUUCUUGUCAGGAAGAGCACAAUCUGAGGAGACUUUAACACCGACAACACCACGAACAGAGACUUUUAACGCCAGCUUUACUCACGGGACUCUAGGAAGACGGACACCUUACGGAAAGGGACGUGGCUUCCUGUCAGUCCCGGUGCGGUUAUGGGUGCACUUCCCCUGGCCUUCCUCAAUGGCUACAAGUGCAUGUGCUCAGUUGAGUGCUGUAGGGACGACGUAUUUUUGUAGGCCAAAACCCCGAAACAAGUUAGCAUUUUAGCACGUCCGGUUCCAUCGUUUCAAAGUCAAUGGGUUUUCU